UUAAAUGUAACGUUCAUUAAUCGAAAGUCCGGCGUUUCUCUACAGGGAAUAAUCGUAACAAGAUAUUAGAUGUAGCAGCCUGCUGUUUGGCAGUCUGCUGGGACAUUACAAUUGGAUAGGAAAUAGGAAGAAUAGCAGCCCUUAACUGUGUGUCGUUGUAAUGUUCAUGCAACGUUUGGUCAGGGCAAAAUGUUAAUAUCGCUCCUGAUUUCUGCUUUAACGUUACAAUUUCCACUUGCGCGUGGAUCGCUACCUGUCGUGAUCAACACGUGGCCAUUCAAGAAUGCAACGGCUGCAGUGCAUCGUGUCCUGAUUGUUUCACUGUGUUCAGCGUGGAGUGCCCUGCAGUCCGGUGGAUCAGUGCUGGAUGCGGUGGAGAGAGGCUGUGCCCGCUGUGAAAUGGAGCAGUGUGACGGCAGCGUAGGCUAUGGCGGGAGCCCAGAUGAGUCUGGAGAGACCACGCUGGAUGCCAUGAUCAUGAACGGGGAUACAAUGGAGGUGGGUGCAGUUGCAGAUCUGAGAAGAAUCAAGAAUGCCAUCGGGGUAGCGAGAGCUGUGAUGGAGCGAACUGACCACACGCUGCUGGUCGGAGAGUCAGCCUCUGUGUUUGCUGAAAACAUGGGCUUCGUCGCAGAAGACCUGACUACCAACAAAUCUAUGAAUAUUUUCUCACAGUGGCUGAAGGGCAACUGCCAACCUAAUUAUCGAAAGAAUGUCUUUCCAGAUGCCUCCAAGUCCUGCGGACCCUACAAGCCCAAGGCGACACUGAACCAGAACAGGGGGGCACAGCAUGCUAACACGCGCUCCCAUGACACCAUUGGGAUGAUUGUGCUUGAUCAAGAUGGUCACGUGGCUGCUGGUACAUCCACCAACGGACUGACUCACAAAGUUCCAGGGCGUGUCGGGGACUCUCCUAUCGUUGGGGCAGGGGCCUAUGCAGAUAGUUCAGCUGGUGGUGCUGCCGCUACGGGAGAUGGAGACAUUAUGAUGCGCUUUCUGCCAAGUUACUUGGCCGUGGAGCUGAUGAGGACCGGGGCCGAUCCCUCGGCAGCCUGCAAGACGGCCAUUUCCAGAAUCAAGAGGCAUUACUCAGAAUUCUUUGGAGCCAUCAUCUGUGCUAACACAACAGGCCAUUAUGGUGCAGCCUGUAGCAAAGUCCCUGGCUUCUCCCAGUUCCACUACAUGGUAUCAAACUCGGAUACACCACUCCUGAAGUCUGUGGACUGCUUUUAAAUGGUGUAUGUUUGUGUGCACCUCUUAUAUACGUCAAUAAAUUAAUACUGUUUUUAUGUUGAUGAUUUUGGUUUUAAUUCAGAAAUAAAAUGUAAUUAAAAACUCAUGUGAAACUCACAAAAUUUUACUUUUUGCUGCUUUAACUUGUCUAGAUUAUCACAUUUUUCAUACUUCUUUAACAGAUGGGCACUGAUAGGACAGGAUACAAAUAAAAUGCAACUAGACAUUUGAUUAGGUACAAUGUUUUUGUACAAACAAGUGGUGUGAUCUGAAAGACAUUCUCCAUUACAUGUGUGGUUCAGUACGUUGUGCAAAUAUCAUGAAGGUUAGAGUUAUUGGGUCCCGUUCUAUUUUGAUUUAUGUGAACAUAUAGGCAUCGGGUUUCACUUGGAAGUGAUGCAUUGCAAAAACACAUUAACAACCAGGGAGGCUGGACACCCCUGGUCCAUUGUCUGCCCACUGGAAAAAGUCACACUGUUUACCCUUUUGAAAGCUGCAGGUGUAGAAAUUCCGGCCGUUGUUGGGUCCUAGUUUCAGGACCGUCCUCAUUAAACAGCGUUUCCCAUGGUGACAAAAAGGGAAGUGCAAGUCAGCCCACUGCAACAGAGAGAAUAAGGUUUUAUUAACUUACAAAUGAGAUUCCAAAAGGUUGAGAUGUUGUGUAAAACAUAAAACAGAAUGUGAUAACUUGCUAAUCCCUGUGUGUGUGUGUAUACAUGUAGUUCAUUUUUAUUUUGUAUUCCUUUUUUCUACAUCUUCUUUAUUCUUGCUAUUACUGCUGUCUGUAACAACAUCAUUUCCCUGGUGAGGGAUAAAUAAAGUUAUACCUUAUCUUUUAUACUCAAUUGAAAGUAGCACAAAGACAAUGUAUUUAAUGUUUUACCUCAUCAGCUUCUUUGAUUUUUAGAAAUGCAUUCUACAAAUACAUAUUCUGAAUUUGAUGCAGCAACACAUUUCAAACAUGUUGGGACAGGAGCAACAAAAGAUUCGGAAAGCUGUGGAAUGCUCCAAAAACACCUGUUUGGUAGAGCCCACAGGUAAACGGCCUCAUUGGUAACAAGUGAUAGUAUCAUGAUGGUAAUUGCAUUCUGUGUUAAUGUUUUAAUGAGCAUCCCAACUUUUUUUGGAAUCAGGGUUGUAUUUUUAAACUUUUAUUUCAUGCAUUUACAGUUGAUGCUAACAUACUACAAUGUUUAAAACCAAAGGCUAAAACUAAAGAUAUUCAAGAGAAAAGAGAUCAUUUUUACCUCAAAGAAGUUACAUUUAGUCUCUCUGGGAAGUGAGCAGGCGUAGAACUGUCGUCCCUUAUUCUCCCCCUCCUUGUGGACCACUCUGAGGACAGUUGGACGACGAUGGGAUGCACAACAUGGAGCACUGGGAUUGGAAGAAAUGGAGGAGCUGCGGCUUGUCGCAUCUAUUUUCCGUGUACUGACAGAGCCGAAGAAACAGUCUUAUUAGUUU